CUCACCCCUUCCUAGCUUGUUCCGUGUGAAUGCGGUGUGGAAGGCUGCUUGCUGGUGGUGGAGGCGCUCAAACCGACGACAGAAAAACUAGAGACCAUUGAUUGAACAGUCCAGUACGCGAUUUAUUUGAAAAAUUCUGCAAAAGACACAGUUUCGUGUGUUUAAACUUCAAUUGUUUGACUAAGUUACUUUUGCCAGGCGGCUUUUUCCUGGGGUCGUGCGGUCUCGAGUGUGUCGCCGUUUCUCUCUGGAGCCAACACUAAGGGUGACUCCAUGAAAGAUGACAGAGGAGGUGAUUGUUGUAGCCAAGUGGGACUACACAGCCCAGCAGGAUCAGGAACUUGACAUUCGAAAAAACGAGCGUCUCUUCCUGCUGGACGACUCAAAAACGUGGUGGCGCGUCCGCAACACUGCCAACCAGACAGGUUACGUGCCCUCCAACUACGUGGAGCGCAAGAACAGCCUGAAGAAAGGCUCACUGGUGAAGAAUAUCAAGGACACGCUCGGUAAAUACCCCAAGUGGUGGCGGUGUAAGAACUCGCGCGGCGUGGUCGGCUUGGUUCCUAAAAACUAUGUGAUGGUGCUGGACGAGCGAACCGGCCCGCCUUCCUCCAAGACCAUCUCGCCGCAGAACCGCUACGCGGCGCCGUCGCGCUCAGGCAGGUUCGCCGGGAGGGACUGGUACUACGGCAACGUUACCCGACAUCAGGCCGAGCGCAUACUUAAUGAGCGAGGGGACGACGGUGACUUCCUCAUACGGGACAGCGAGUCGUCGCCCAGUGACUUCUCGGUGUCCCUCAAGGCGGCGGGCAAGAACAAGCACUUUAAAGUGCAGCUGUGCGACGGCGCCUACUGUAUCGGCCAGCGCAGGUUCACCUCCAUGGAGGAGCUGGUGGAACACUACAAGAAAGCCCCCAUCUUCACCAGCGAGCAGGGAGACAGGCUGUACCUGGUCAAAGCACUGCUGUGAAACACACACACACACACACACACACACACACACACACUGGAUAUCUGUCAGGCGCAAACACAUCUAUACAACACCACUCCCUGACUGUCUUAUGAAUCAAGCCUUAUCUGGACCUCCUCUGGUGGCAUCAACACUCCAACCACGUCCUCUGUCGCCCCCUGGUGGCCGUCGGGUAAAGCUUCCUUCUUCUUUUGCCUCUCAGCAGGUGAGCACUGAAGCCUUCACGCCCCUCCCCGGGGGGAGUCUUAAGUCUCUGUAAUGUCAUGUGUCCCAUUCAAGUACGACCUAACACCAUUGCUCUUAAACUUACUUGAAAAAGAUGACAACUAGUGAUUGUUUUAUUUUUUUUAUUUUUUUUUUCCCCUCUGUUUUUCGUUCUUCCUGUGUUUGAUUUCACUUCCUGUCAAUCAUGGCAAUGACUUCAAUAAGUGACCAGGAAUACUCUUUCCUUUUCGUCACGUCACGACUGUUUAAUUUUUUUUUUUUCAGAUUUCAUCUCGUAACGUGUGCACUUGACUUCACAGUUACGCAAAUGAUUA